CCCCUGCAGCUGGCCAAACGGGCCGCCGUCUCCGGAGCCAGGAGGGGAACUGCAGAGCCUGAUGUUCCAGCGCGACCCCCGGGGCGGGACUCAGAGACUCUUUUGAGCUACUUGGGUGUUCCUUGCGUCCAGGCUCCUGCGGAGGCAGAAGCCACCUGCGCCGCCCUGGUGAAGUCUGGGCAUGCCUGGUGUGCAGCCACGGAAGACAUGGACGCCCUCCCCUUUGGAGCCGGGCGCCUCCUGCGGCAUCUUGCCGUUAAGAACAGCCAUCUGGAAGAGAUCUCCUUGCCCGUUGUCCUGCAAAAGCUGGGGAUGACUCAGGAGCAGUUUGUGGAUCUCUGCAUCCUGCUGGGCUGCGAUUACUGCGACAAAAUCCGAGGGCUGGGUCCAAAGAAGGCGCUGAAGCUGCUGCGGCGCCACGGAAGCAUCGAGCAGGUCUUGCGGAAUACCAGCCGUGAGAAGCACCCCGUGCCAGGCAGCUGGUGCCUGGAGGAGACACGGCGGCUCUUUCUGCAGCCGGAGGUGACGGACCCAGGCCGGGUGGUGCUGGAGUGGAAGGAGCCUGACGAGGAGGGCUUGGUGCGCUUCCUCGCGCACGAGAAGUGCAUGAAAGAGAGCCGAAUUCGGGGUCGAAUGAAGAAGUGGCGGGACACCUGCCUGAAGCUCAGCGAGCCCCAAUGUUCAGCCUCCAGGAAAAAGGGCAGACCGAGGAAGGCACAACAGACAGUGACGGGUUUCUUCCCAGUGCAGAAACGUCCAAACAAGGCAUCCACCCCCCAGCCUGCCAGGAAGAAGCAAAAAUGCCAAGAGCUGCCUGAAAUGGCCCCAGGGAUUUGAAUGAGCGAUUCCCUUUGCUCCACCUUGCACCAGACCCCUUGCAGUCAAGACCAUCCUUGUUCCAGGAAAGCCCUCUGCAGACCGGUGUCCUUCAACACGCACGGGCAUUGAUACCAGCAAGGGGGACGCUGGCCCUGCACAUAUGGCAUGGUCUCUCUGAAUGAGCGGUUCAGAAUCAGUGUCUUACAGCUGAGCAAAAUCAGCAAAGAGGUUGAUGCCACCUUAAAAACUCACCCAUGUUUUGUAACAUAUGUUUUCAUCGCCUACAGCUACCUGGAUCAAGCACGUGGAAAAUUAUCUUAAAAGACCAUUGCCAUGCUUUGCCCCCUUUGUUAUGGGGAGACCAUAAAAGGAGAGGUCAGGAGGAUAUCUUUUCUCUCUUCUCUUCCUCCCCACCCAUUGAAAUGACAGUCUGGUUUCUACAUAAUAUGUCUAUCUUAAAAUCAUGCUCUAUGCAUUUGAUGAUCUCUAGCCCCAUAAAGGUGAUGCGUAAGAAAUGUGUGCCUUUUGAGAGGCUGUAAGACUCUGUUGCUUUUACUGCAACAGACAAACCUGCCAUUUUAAUCCCCUGGGGAAAGGAAGAUUGGACCUUAUUCUUUCGUGGUGUCCUUCCUUCUAGAGACUUUUAUGAUUUCUUUUUCCUACCAACAUUAAUCUCAAAGGCAUCGGGGUAGAGGGUUAGAAAAGACAAGACGAUGGACACUUCUGGUUAGUGUAGGAAGUGUUUCCCCUUCAUUUUGUUCUGUCCCUUCCAAGGUGUCUUGGCAACAGCUGGUGACAAACCAAACCAACAAUUGGAUUUUAUAUUUUAAAAAUGGGGACAAUCUGUCAUUACAUGUGUCUUUGUCCCAACAGUACUUGAUGUGUAAUGAAACCAGCAAAGCCCAACUUACUGGGUGCUCCUAAAGUUCCUACCAAAUUGUAAUUUUUAAUAUGGCAGAAAAAGAAAACUACUAAAUAUAUGACUGGAGGUGAUUUAUAUUAGCUUUGUCAGUUUUAAUUACACUAAAAUGUAAAUUAAAUCACAUUUAGUUUUGUCCUGGCCAUAUCCACUACCUUUGGAGUACAAUCAUGGUAUCCCACUCAAAUGCUGACUGGGCCUUAGUUGGAAAGGAACUGCCUGGCCGAAGGACUGGCCUUGCUUUCUGAGAAGGCCCAAAGGUUCUUUCCAGGCUGUGCUCAGCUGUCUCGGGGAUUUCUUGUUCUUCUGGUAACGUCACGCUUGAGAGUCAGCCAAGUCUGUAAUGACAGGCUCAUAAGGACUCCCGUGAGGGGGGGAGGACUAAAAUAUGUCCAUACAACUCUACUAUGGCAGUCUGCAAAUUGUUUCUUUAACAGAUUUUUCAUCACUAUGGACAGUGACCUUUUGUAGCUACAGUCCUCCAGGUGGAAUUCUGGGAGUUAGUCCAACACAUCUGGAGGGCACUAGGAUGGGGAAGGUAACUCCAAGAGGGAUGUUACCUUCCAGAUUCUGAGCUGCCUAUUUUUUCCUUCUUGUUUUUUUUCAAACAUUGGAUAGGGAUUUGGGUUAUUUUAUGCUCAGAAAGAUGGACUUGAACCUCCCUGGUGACCUUCUCAAAGAAUAUUCCUUCAGACUGGAAAAGAUCAGUGUCUAUACCUAUAAUGAGAAAGGGAGGUGCAGGGACUUCUGGGGAAGAAUGGUGGACUGAAGACAGCUCUGCAAAAAGCAGAGCCGACAUGUGCAGCAAAAGACAGGGAGCCAAUGACUAGAUUGGCUCCUUCGACCCUCUCUGGAUAAAGAGAGGAUGCAAGAUUGUCCAAGCUAUGCUCCAUGCGGUUGCUUCUCACGAGGAGAAUGCAAAGCAGCAAUCUUCAGAGGGUAGAAGAAUCAGGAGCCAAGGGAAUUUGCCAUACUUGCUCCAGCUGCAAACAGAGCCUUUUCAAAAGACCCUAAGUUUGCACUCCCCUUGCCAACUGUUUUUGGAAAUUGCCUAUUAACUGCUUUAAAGAAGUUAGACACCUCCAAAAUGGCAAGGCUGGAAAUACACUGGGUGAAUGCCUUCAAUCUUUAAUACAAGAAAAUGAAGAUGUAUUUUUAUAAUCUUUAAGAAUUUAAAAUAAACAGCAAAAGCAA